AUGACCUGUUUUGGAGAUAUCCGGGGUCCUGCAAAAAGUAAUUGUUAUUUUUCUCGUUUUAUAAAAAGUUCUGAUGAUACCAUCACUGACAAUUCUAGUAAUGAAACUUCAAAUGAUGUCAAAAAUGAUAAAGAUAAUGGCAUCGAUAAAGAUAAUAACGAUGAUAUAACUGAUGAUCCUAGUAAUAAAACUUCAAAUGAUGUCAAGAAUGAUAAAGACAAUGGUAUCAAUAAAGAUAAUAAUGAUAAUAUAAAUAAUGAUAAUGAAGAUAAAAAAAAGAGACUUAUUAAUAAAUUAGACUCUAAUAUUAUCGACAAAUGGCUUAAUUCUUUGAGAAUAAUGAAGAAAAUGAAUAUUAGUGAUGUAAAUUUAAAUUCUAACAACAACAGUAAAGGUAAUGGUAAUGGAUUACCAAAUAAUAAAGGGAGCCAGAAGCUUAAAUAUCGGGCUCAAUAUAGAAAGGGUAAAAAGAAACUUCAUAAAGGAGAAUUGUUACCUGUCAAAAAAAAUCCAAGAUUAUUCAAGGGAUUACCUGAAAAAUCACCAGGAUCCUGCUUAUUUCUAAUAAAAGCCACCCAUAAGCCUAAGAGACUGAGAUCUGUCAUAGAAAAUCCAGGAUUUGAAAAAUUUGAAGAAGUAUCAUUAGAUAAUAAAAGUGAUGGAAAAAAUCAUAAAAAGAAUGAAAAAAAGUAUAAUCUUGAUAACAAAACUGUAAAUCUUGUGGAUAAUAUUUUUAAUUUUAUUGCAGGAAGUACAAAAAGUCAAGUCACCAAAGAUAUCUUGCAACGUAAAGAUCUACACUAG